GCCAUGAUUGUUUCUCUUCUCAUCUCUCCUAGUGCGGUUCAGGUGUUCAUCGCUCUCUUUCCAAAAAAAGAAAAAGAAAAGAAAAGGUGUUCAUCGUUCCUACCGUCCGAUUUUCAUUUUUUUUAUUUUUUAAAGAAGAGAAUUUGCUGCUACGGUCCUACGUCCUUUCCCCUUACGGUAGUAAUGAGUUUUUUAAUGGGCAGUUCGUAGUUGUCGUGCACUUUCGUCCCGUUUGAUCUGACCGUCUUCGUUAAGAGGCAGUUGUUAGGGAACUCCAGUUGUACGGCCACUAGUAAAUUAGAGAGAGAGAGAGAGAGAGAUGUCGGCUUGCUUUGCAAUAAAGCUUUUUACACUGUCUCUGCACCUCGCUAGAAAAAGUGGGGGGGGGGGGGGGAGCAACGAUUUUUACCACCAAAUGGAGCUUUGUAACCAUCAUCUUUCUGCCGGAGGAGGUCGCUGUCUGCCGAUCCUCUCCUCAGUCCUCACCAAGAAAUCUUCCUGGAGAAAAUGCCCCUGGCAAACUACUCAAACGUCAGCCUCAUCAGCCAACUACUCGAGCGAGUACGCAUAGAAAACUCUCUGCUGCGCACGCUGUAGGACUCCGCGAGCCAGUACGAUGAGUGCAACUGCAAUUUUGCGUCAGGUUCUUGACUGCAAACCCAUGACGCCGUCAGAAACUCUGAAUCUACCGGCAUUUGGCACCAAUUCUUCUCGUGCGAUUUCGUCAGAAAAAGAAAUGUUUGGUGUGCCUGCAUUCACCCAGCAGCGAGCCAGCAACGCCCAACUUUUUCCAGCUCUCUUUCCGUCUCCGGCCGCAGUGCUAGCGCUGCGCCAACCACCAACUGCCCCACACCUACGACGCGACACGGCACAACACAAGCGCCCGACGAAACGCCAGAUGCUCUCUCUGCAGCUACUCGUGCGCCGGCCGGCGUCGCGCCGCACGAUUGGCGCACCGGCGCGGCGCACAGUCCAUGCGUCGGCGAGCGCGCGGGUGUACCACGUGACGGACUACGGGGCGGACCCCACGGGCGCCACCGACGCGACGGCGGCGAUCAACCGGGCCAUCGCCGACGCGUUCCGCCCGGCGUCCAACGCCACCAUGACCGGCGGCAUCCCGGACCUCGGCGGCGCGGAGGUGCACCUCGACGGCGGCACGUACCUCGUCAAGGGGCCCCUCACGCUGCCGGCCUCCGGCGGCGGCAACUUCAGGAUCCACAGCGGGUCGCUGCGCGCGUCCGACGACUUCCCGACGGACCGGUACCUGAUCGAGCUGUCGGCGGGCAAGGGCAGCGGCCGGAGCUACGACUACGAGUACGCCACGCUGCGGGACCUGAUGCUGGACUGCAGCUACCGCGGCGGCGGCGUCGCGGUCGUCAACUCGCUCCGCGUCGGCAUCGACAACUGCUACGUCGCCCACUUCGGCACCGACGGCAUCGCGGUGAGCGGCGGCCACGAGACGCUCAUCCGGAACAGCUUCCUCGGCCAGCAGAUGACGGCCGGGAACGACCCCGGGGAGCGCCGAUUCACGGGCACGGGCAUCCAUCUCGACGGCAACGACAACUCCGUCACCGACGUCGUCAUCUUCUCCGCCGCCACGGGGAUCCUGGUCACCCGGCCGGCCAACUCCAUCUCCGGCGUGCACUGCUACAACAAGGCCACCGGGUUCGGGGGCACGGGGAUCCACCUCAAGGUCCCGGGCCUCACGCAGACGUGGAUCACCAAGAGCUACAUGGACUACACCAGCAUCGUGGCCGAGGACCCCGUGCUGCUCCACGUCUCGGGCUCCUUCUUCCUCGGCGACGCCAACAUCGUGUUCAAGGCCGUCAAUGGCGUCGCCAGGGGCGUCCAGGUCGUCGGCAACAUCUUCGGCGGCCUGGACAAGGGCGUCGACAUCGUGAGCCUGGACGGCAAGUUCGCCACGGUGGAGCAGGUGUACGUGCAGCAGAACUCGGCCACGGGGAUGACGGUCAAGUCCACGGCGGCGCGCGGGUCGGCGGAGGGGAACGGGACCUCCUGGACGGUGGACUUCGCCGACGUGCUGCUGUUCCCGGACCGCAUCGGGCACGUGCAGUACUCGCUGCUCGCCGGCGACGAGUUCCCGGGCCACACGCUCCGGAACGUGUCCGGCAACCAGGUCGUCGUCGCCACGGACAAGGCCGUGUCCGCCACCGUCCACGUGCUGGUCGACCAGAACACCAACUGAGCUAGUGUGGGGUGGGCGUGCUGCUGCCUGCUCGUGCGACUGCUGCGAGCAAGGCGUGAUUCGUUCGUUUCCUUCUUCUCAGCGCAUGAUUCAAUCAUUCAUAUUAUGCCACCGUCAGGGGGAUGGCAAACCGUUUGAUCGAGAAAAUGCUCCAGAAUGGAUCAUUUUUUGCUGUCUGAAAUGAAAUGUUUCAAAAGCGGAAUUAUUUUGAUUCUA